AAUUCGAGGCCCUGAGGGGGGGAUUGCUUAGGGUUCGGAGGUUGGCGUGGGUUUCAAUGGGGUUGGAGGAACACUGUGUAGAAUUAUGCAGGGAUCUGAGACUGGAAACUCCACCUGCAAAUGAGAAAUGGGGCUUGCAAAAUGCCGAAGUCAUCUGAGCUUUCUAUUGUCUUCUAGAGCUUCUUCAAUGGUGCUUGAUUGGUGGAUUCGUCUUGGUCCUGAAUAAAAAACAUGCAGAGUUUUGGUGCCGAGGAAGAAGAAGAUGUCUUCUUUGACUCUUUUGAUUGGACUCCUGUAGAUUCUUCACCGUCUGGCAGCACUGUGGACGAAGAGGAAGAGGCUGGAUUCGGAAAACUCGAUUCGGAAAUUUGGAAAAAGGAUGUGAUGAGUGUCCGUGAGAGGAGGAAGAGAUUUUUAGUUGGUAUGGGUUUGGACGAGUUUGUCUUGUCUCCAUUGGGUGGCUCGUCAGGGUCGGAAGAGUGUAAUCAGCCCUUAGAGAAUAAGGGGCUGGAAAGACUUACAGAAAGCAGUGGUGCUGUCUCGAAUUCCUUGUCUUCUUCUUGUGAUGACGAGGGGCCGAAGGACUCUGUUUGUUGUAUAAGGGACUUGGACAGCGGAAAGAAAUUCGUCAUUCAUGACCUCGGUCAAGAUGGUUUGUUUAGCAUGCUCAAAGAGGUCGGCUCGAACAAACUGAUUUCCUUGCAAGAGUUUGAAUCAGUGCUUGGUCUUUCUUGCUUUGUUCAGAAAUUCAUGAGGAAAGAAGUUGCUCAUCCGGGAGAAAAGGUAGAUGCUGGCCUUAAUGGAAGGAUAGAGAAGCCGAAAAAGUGGUGGAAAAGGUAUAUACCGAAGAGGCUUUUGGCCGGAAUUUGUAAGAAUGAUGUUUCCGUUAAAAGUUCCAAAUUGCCCAGGUCCAUCAGAGCGAAAGUUCUUCGGCAUAAGAAGAAGUGCUUGGAGUUCACAGCACUCUACAUGGGGCAAGAAAUUCGAGCGCACAAGGGCGCGAUUAGGACUAUGAAAUUUAGUACUUCUGGGUGUUAUCUAGCAAGUGGAGGCGAAGAUUGUGUCGUACGCAUUUGGCAGGUUAUUGAAGCAGAAGCCUCUUGCAAAUGUUCUAUUGAAAAUGGUUCCUGUGAUUUUGUUGAUAAAAUCAAAGAUACAAAGUCGAUGCUUGGUAUGAAGGGUAUAGAUGCUGCCCCAAUUGUCAUUCCGAAGAAGGUUUUCAUGAUUGAUGAGAUUCCACUACAAGAAUUUCAUGGGCAUACAAGUGAUGUGUUGGACCUCUCAUGGUCAAAUACUGAUUGUUUGCUUACAUCAUCCAUGGACAAAACUGUGCGCCUUUGGAAAGUCGGUUGCGAUGGAUGCCUUAAAGUUUUUCAUCACAAUGAUUAUGUGACAUGCGUUCAGUUCAAUCCUGUUGAUGAUGAAUACUUCAUCACUGGCUCCAUUGAUGGAAAAGUUCGCAUCUGGGGUGUGACCGAGAAUCAUGUAGUCAAUUGGGCUGAUAUACGAGAUAUUGUGACUUCUGUAUGUUACCGCCCUGAUGGAGAGGGAUUUGUUGUUGGUUCUGUCACGGGAAAUUGCCGCCUCUAUAACUACUCAGGUAUAGGUAACACAAUGCGGUUGGAAUCACAAUUUUGCAUUCAAGGUAGGAAGAAGUCUUCUGGAAAACCAAUUACUGGCCUACAGUUCUCCCCAGAAGAUUCUCAAAGGGUUAUGAUCACAUCAGCAGACUCCAGAGUUCGGAUUUUUGACGGGGUCGAUGUCAUUCACAAAUUCAGAGGUCUACGGAAAAGCAAGAGCCAGCUAUCAGCAUCAUUCACUUCGGAUGGAAGAUACAUUGUCUCUGUAGGCGAGGACUCCAAUGUGUACAUAUGGAACUAUGAUCUCUCUGGCAGACAACAAUCAUCCAAAGUAACAAAGUCACUGAAAUCACUAAAGUCAAUUCGAUCAUGUGAACUCUUCUCUUCUGAAGGUUUAUCACUAGCAGUGCCUUGGCCAGGCAUAAACCACAGGGACUCAGACUCAAACAACCACCACCUUCAUCUCCCCUCUCAACCCGCCAAGAUUCUAGAGCCUUCGACUUGGCUCUGGGACUCAGACUUCUGUUCUCUUGGUGCAUGGCUCUUUGCCGACGGCAUAUCCAAGGGAUCUGCUACAUGGCCAGAGGAGAAACUUGUAGCCUCUCAUCGAAAUUCUCUGGAGGUUAGAGAUCAUCACCAUAUGCAUCACCGGUAUCAGCACCUCACGCAUCUCUCAGCCACAUGGAGCUUGGUUAUUGUAACAGCUAGUUGCGAUGGAACCAUCAGGUCUUUCCACAACUAUGGAUUGCCUGUUAGGCUCUAAAACGAAGAGGCGAGAAAGGCUGAGAAUGGUGUAGAAUAAGCGAAAUGCUCGUUCUUCGAUGUUACUCGUGUACAGAGGGCUGGAUGCCGGUGGCUGUCGGGUGAUCUUGAUUCUUGCUCCUUCGCUAUUUGGGUUUUUCAUUCUUCAAACCUGUAAUAGUUGAAUUAAGUUUGCGAUGUAUGGAGCAUAGAGGAUAGUGGCGUAGGGAACGGAGGAAGAUGAAUAAAGAGGCGUAUAGAGAAGAGAAUAGAUAGAAAUCUAGGAAUUUUGUAGCUCUUUCCAUAUAUCCACCUCUCCAAAUGUCAAAAAAGUGUUUAGUUGAAAAGAGCAGCCAUUGGAUGCAAAAAUGGCAAUUUGCGAUAUUGUCC